CACGUGGUGGAAAAAGUGUCCCUGCGCCAAAUGUACUACAUGGUGCAGGGCACGGGAUAAAUCUGGUGCUGAUCACAUUUCUUACUUCAGCACUCCACUUUGUAUGGUGAUUCCUCUGCAACUUUUUGUGUGACUUUUUAACCCGUGCGACCAAUGUGCGACUUUUUAAAGUCACUUUUUGACUUCCAAAGUCACUUGUAAAAAAAUGUUCAGUUUGGUUUGGCGCAAAACAUUGUCGCAAAAAACUUGUGGUCUGAAGAAGUGCGCCCAGCACACACAAUAGCUAUCACGUUCAUGGCGUCCCUGAUCCCUAUGCUGUAGUCUGCCGGUUGUCAUGAUUAAAGAGUUUCCGUUUCUUCAUCUCGUGAACCACAUGACAUUUGGCCACAAUAAAUCGGAGUGGACAAAUGCAACAGAUGUCGGAACCACUACUGUAAAAUGCCUGGUUCAGCAGUCCAGUAAGUUCACCAAUGAAAGCCUUGGGAACCAUCAAUUGACUUUGCCCUUUGGUCAUCUGAUCUACAUCUUUGGGUUCAUUGGCAUUCUGAUUGUGUUAAAAUCGCUCCUGACCAAAAUUAUGAUGGUAGAAAAUAAGCCCGAAGACAGUGAAUAUAUCAUGUCCAUGUGUGAGACGGCUGCCACGUAUAAGAUCACACUGCAAAGAUGCACGGACAAUAACAAGUCCCCACUGACUCCACCAAACUCGCCGUGCAUGGGUCAACCACUCAACACUCCCGUCACCAGUACUCCUGUUUUUUUCAGUGGGACUCAUUGUUGUUCUUUAUCCAGUCUUAAUGGGGGAAGUCUUUACUAUGGUGAAAGGUGCCCACUCUCCAGCCCGGAGGGCAGCACAAAGUGUCUGGUGUAAGCACAAAAGGUGAAACAAAUUAAAUAAUAAAUAUGACACAAUGUUGAGCGUGCGAGGAAAACACAAUGAUGAGCGUGCAAGGAAAACACAAUCUAAACUUUUUUCUUAAUCACACAUUUAUAUGUAAGAAACUUUGUUGAAUGUCACAAUAGAAUCACAAUGAAAAAUAAGACUAUCACAAGUCACAAUAUAUUUUUAGUGUAUAAAAAUGAAAUAAACUACCGUAAUAUA